CGGCUGGGGGCGAGGCCGGCGAGACCGAGACCUCGGGUUGGAGCAGCAGCCUGGAAGAGACUUUGCGCGUUCUGGGUUCAAUAGUAGAGUAUCCAUAUGUCCACUUCCUAAUCUUGCAACAACAACAAAAAGGACCAGCCAAGAACCUGUCAUUCUGAUUUCAUUCAUUCCUGGGUUGUGAUACCCAUAAUAAGAAUCUAUCAGGGCCAAGAUCCGUUUUCCCAGACGUGAGAAUUGAACAUCCCAGAAAUCAAGACACCCUCCUCAAUGCUCAGGAGACCCAGGAUUCUGUGCUACACAAGUGAGCAACCUGAAAGCCAGGAAAUGGAACCCUUGACAUUCAGGGAUGUGUUCAUUGAUUUCUCUGAAGAGGAAUGGGAAUGCCUGGAUUCUGCUCAGCAGACUUUAUAUAGAGAUGUGAUGUUAGAGAUCUAUAGAAACCUGGUAUUUUUGGGUAUAUGUUCUCAUCAAGCCCAAGAAUUUGCACCAGAGCAGGAAAUAAAAUAUUUAUUCCAAAAUAUGAAAAAGGAAAGAAAACAUCAGUGUGAUCAUUUUAAACAGAAGCUUCACAAAGAUAAUAAAAGUGAGAAAGUUUUUAAUCGAGUGUCAAAAUUUAUCUAUCCAAGCUUUGAUAUUCAAGAAAAGAACGACAAAUGUAUAGGACGUUUAAGAGCUUUAAAUAAAAUUGCAAGCAUUACUGAACACCAGAAAAUUCAUACUGGAGGGAAGUCCUACAAAUUUAAAGAAUGUGUAAAACCAUUUAAAGAUUACUCAAUCCUUUAUCAUAGCAGUGACAAACCCUACAUAUGUAAAGAAUGUGGUAAAGGUUUUAGUCAACCUUCAACCCUUACUAAACACCAUAUGAUUCACUGUGGAGAGAGCCCAUACAAAUGGAGGAAAUGUGUCAAAGUCCUUAAGUAUCACUCAACCCUUAUUAAACACCACAGUAUUUAUAAUAGAGAAAAGCUCUACAAAUGUAAUGAAUGUGGCAAAAGUUUUAAUCGAAGCUCAAACCUUAUUGUUCACCGUAGAAUUCAUACUGGAGAGAAGCCAUACAAAUGUGAAGAAUGUGAGAAAGCCUUUCAUCAAAAAUCACACCUUACUCAACACCAAAGGAAUCAUUCUGGAGAAAAGCCCUACAAGUGUAAAGAAUGUGGCAAAGCUUUUACUACAAGCCUUAUAGCUCACCAGAGAAUCCAUACUGGAGAAAAGCCAUACAAAUGUAAAGAAUGUGGCAAAGCUUUUACUGUUAGGCCAAGCCUUAUAGCUCACCAGAGAAUUCAUACGGGAGAAAAGCCAUACAAAUGUAAAGAAUGUGACAAAGCUUUUACUCAAAUCUCAAAACUUAUUAUUCACCAGAGAAUUCAUACUGGAGAAAAACCAUACAAAUGUAAAGAAUGUGGCAAAGCUUUUAUUGAAAGAUCAUACCUUACUCAACACCAGAGUUUUCAUACUGGAGAAAAGCCGUACAAAUGUAAAGAAUGUGGCAAAGCUUUUUAUCUAAACUCAAAACUUACUGUUCACCAGAGAAUUCACACUGGAGAAAAGCCCUACAAAUGUAAAGAAUGUGGCAAAGCAUUUAAUCAAAACCAAGUCUUAAUGUACACCAGAGAAUUCAUUCUGGAGAGAAACCAUACAAAUGUAAAGAAUGUGGCAAAGCAUUUAAUCAAACCUCAAGUCUUAAUGUACAUCAAAAAAUUCACACUGGAGAGAAAACACACAAAUGUAAAGGCCAUGGAAUGA